UCACUUGGACAUAAUGGCGGCCCGUCAGCGUAGUAUUGGAUCCCCGCAGAGCACCUCGUGGCUGGCAUCGACGGUCAAGCCCAUGUUCAAUAGCUACCACAUCGUAUUGGAGUAUUGGUGGCUGCUAGCGCCGUAUCGCGAAACUGUGCGGAGCCUUCUCCUCGGAUACGACGCCAUGCUGCUAAAAAUAGCCCCGCCGGGUGGACAAGGCUAGCUCACUUCUUGGACGUUGCUAUAGCUAACCACCAACUAGUGCACGUUCCCCACCGACAAACACUCAGCACUGCGAGAAUAGAAAUCUGAUGGGGAUAAGAAAGAUUUGAUAGGGUGGAGCUAUGGACAAAGAGUGACUACCUGGAGCAUGACAUGGAAACGGCAUCGCGAAGAAGGACAAGAAAAUUGAGCAAACGCCAACCAUGCAAAGUCUAAACCCAAACAAGAAAGAGACGAUAACCUCCGCAUAAGGAUGCCAGACCAAGCAAAGGACCGUGAUGAUGAUGAUGAUGAUGUGGGGAAAAGGAAGAGAAACGGAAAACCAGAAAUGCAGGACCCAGAAACCAUGGAAGAGUGAUGCUGAUGAUGC